GGGGGGGGCAGGCUGAGGCGGAGGACGGAAGCGGAAGCGGAGAGCCGGCAGUGACGGUUUGUUUACGUUUUCACAGCUGCUGUCUCCCGGUGGCGGCGCCGGCGCCUGGCGCGCGAUUCUGGCUCAGCAUGGUCUGCGAGAAGUGUGAGAAGAAACUUGGCACUGUAAUUACACCCGACACAUGGAAGGAUGGAGCAAGAAACACUACAGAAAGUGGCGGACGAAAACUAAAUGAAAAUAAGGCACUGACUUCAAAGAAGGCAAGAUUUGAUCCUUAUGGGAAGAACAAAUUUGCAAUAUGCCGGAUUUGUAAGAGUUCUGUUCAUCAGCCAGGGUCUCACUACUGCCAGGGAUGUGCUUAUAAAAAAGAUUCGUGGAUUCCAAGGCCAAGAAGGGACCAUAAUGAUCAUCUAGUUUGACCUCCUGUAUAAUGCAGGUCAUAAACUUCCACCCCCAAAUUCACCAGAGCAUAUAUGUAGUAUUAAUUUAAAAAUUCCCAGUGAAGGAGAACCCACCAUGUCCAUUGUUAAAGUGUACCAAUGGUUAAUUAACCUUGAUGUUAGAAAUGUACACCUUAUUUCCAGUCUGAAUUUGUCCAGCUUCAAUUUCCAACCAUUGGCUCUUGUUACGCCUUUGCUGCAGUUUUCCCAUAUAGUCUCAAAUUUUACUUUAUAUUUAAUAGUCUCACACCAAAAGAAAUUAUUUUUAGGUUCCUAUAGCAUACAAGCCUCACAAGGCCUCUGAUUCUGGCUGUGUGGCACAAAAGGAAGAGAGGGGAACCCAGUUUGUGAGAGAAUUGAGUGAUGGUGGUUCUUGAAGAGUGCAUAUGUCAAUGGUUGUCUUUGUGGCUGACUCUGACUUCCCAUGAACCCAAUUGCAAUUUGUGGCAAUCAAAUGGAGCAACCAUAUGCCACUGCCAGUAGAAGGAUAAUGCAAAUUUUACUGAAGGAGACUUACUGGCCCAGUUAUACAAGUACUUGGUCCAUUGUAAAUGAAGCUUGCACUAAGCUGAAACUAAGAAGUAAAAGGUUUCAGAGUGAUAGCCGUGUUAGUCUGUAAAUAAAUCUGUUAGUCUCUAAGGUGCCACAAGGACUCCUCAUUGUUUUUAGAAGUAAAAGUUAAAGAUCAAAUCAGCAGCACAAAGAAGCAGACUAUUGCAAUGCAUCCAUUAUGGUAUAUACAAUAGUGUUUCUAUACCGUUGAGCUUGGCACACACAGGGGUGAAUUGAUACUCCAUUCCUGACUCUAAGCUUCCUAGCUUUUAUUGGUUUAUAGCAGACCUUUAAUUAUAUUUAAGGCUGUCAAUUAAUCGCAGUCUUGCAAGUGAUUAACGCAAAACAAAUUAACUAGAUUAAAAAAAAGUAAGGAUUAAUCACAGUUUUCAUCACAUUGUUAAGCAAUAAUAGAAUACCA